AUGGGAAUAGGGGCUGAGGAUCAGCAAUUUCUUGAUUUAUUAAAUAAUCCGAUAUGUUUUAUCCCGAUUUUGUUUAUUUGUAUUCCGAAAGUUCUUUCAUUUCAUACAUCGAAAUUUGUCAGCUGGACUGGACUGCUUGUCACGCAACGUAGAGUACAAAUUUUAAAUACAGUUUUUGCUAUUAUGGCUUCUGCUGGUGAAGGAUUAGAUGACAAUUUAGAGAAUUACAAAGCCCAAUUAAAACAGGUUGAUGCUGCACUAUUGAUAGAUGAAGAUAAUGAAGAUCUUAAAAAACUUAAACAAGAUUUGUUGGAAGUGAUCCAGCUUUCGGAAGAACUGAUGCAAAUUAAUGAUGCACCAGCAGUAGAAGAGACGCCUGAUGUGACUUUGGUUUCCAAUGGGAAAGAAUGGAAGUCAGGUGAUCGGUGCAGAGCUAUACGAAAAACAGAUGGAGAAUAUUAUACAUGCACUGUGGACAUGAUAGCUGACGAUAAAGUUUCAUGUACAGUAAAAUUCGACAACAGUGGUUCUGUAGAUGUUGUAAAAUUAUCUUCACUGGAACCUAUCGAAGAAGAGGUCAAGUUACCACAAGGAACCAUUAUUGUUAGUAGCACUCAAAAUAAAUCAAAUAAAAUUACCAGGGAAGAAAUAGACAAACGAAGGGAGGUAAAAAAGAAGAAAUUGCAGAAAAAGAAGCAAAGAAUGAAGGAUUUUGAAGAAGCGCGCGAAGCUGGUAAAAACAGAUGGCAAACAUUUUUUAAAAAAGGAAGUCUGAAGGGCAAACACAAGGUGAAAGGAAUUAACAAGAAAAGUAUAUUUGCAUCAAGAGAAGACGGAAAAGGAAAAAUUGGUGUUGGUACGUGUGGCACGUCAGGCAAAGGAAUGACUGACUACACGCCGGCGUCUUCAUACAUGUACAAGAAAUAAGUCCUGUUUUACACAAGAAAUAAGUCCUGUUUUACACUAAGUAUUGUCGUGUAGACCGAAAUGGUAUCGUUUAAAGAGAAGCACAUCUUGGCAAAGGUAGUCCUGUACCAACCACGACGGAUUUGGUUGUGUGACUGGUGUGUGUCAAAAAAAGAAAGACUUUUCUGAUCCUUCGUCCAAUACAUUGUAAUUUUAAUGUUCAGGGCUGUUUAAUAAUUACGUCACGUCCUGUGGGUAGGUUUGUCCACACGUUUUUCAUGAUUCUCAGUGCUUAUAAAUUAGGGUUGUUAAUUCAAAUCCAUGAUAACGCAACGGUAAGCAAUUUCAUUGCAACCCCUGUCUUGGAUGAUAUAUAAACAGUUUGAGAAACAUUAAAAAAUAAGUUCGUACAACUAGUCUUCUAUAGUUUUGGUUUGUGUAGCUGGGUCGAUUUUGUUUAGCUAUGCAGGGUCGAUUUUGUUUAGCUAUGCUGGGUCGAUUUUGUGUAGCUAUACUGGGUCGAUUUUGUGUAGCUAUGCUGGGUCGAUUUUGUGUAGCUAUACUGGUCGAUUUUGUGUAGCUAUACUGGGUCAAUUUUGUGUAGCUGUGCGGGGUCGAUUUUGUGUAGCUGUGCUGGGUCGAUUUUGUGUAGCUAUACUGGGUCGAUUUUGUGUAGCUAUGCUGGGUCGAUUUUGUGUAGCUAUGCUGGGUCGAUUUUGUGUAGCUAUGCUGGGUCGAUUUUGUGUAGCUAUACUGGGUAAUUUUGUGUAGCUAUGCGGGGUCGAUUUUAGAUUCCUAAAGUUAUUUUGAAUUGGAAAAAAUGUUACGCUUGGUGUAACUUAGCAUAGGAGGGUCCCAUAAAUAAACAUGAGGAAGCGUGUUGAUGUGGGUCAAAAAGACAAUUUUAGUGUGACGUAAUGAUUAAACUGCUCCUUUUAUUGUUUUAAUAGCUGAUAAUUUUGUUAGAAAAAAAAAUAUCGACACGUUUUA